AUGAUGGCAGAGGAGGUCGCUCAACUGGUUCGAGAGGUUGAACGAGUUGUCACAGCCCCCUAUAUUCCCUCCCUUCAGAAUCUGUAUACCCUGGUCCAAAACACAUCUCGCUCUGGCAUCCAAUCAUGGGCUUUGCAAAAGCCCUGUCAAGUAGAGCUUCUUGCAGCUUUGCUUGUGGAGAACCUAGCGCGAUCCCGUGUCGCGCUUCCGCUACUUACAGCAUUUGGACAUGUGUCAAUCUUCAGAGAUCACAUUAUCGGUCAAGAACCGAUUCUUCUUGAUGCGCUUCUUGAGAAAGCGGUCGUUGGUAAUGAAACAGAGCGAGAGACACAGUACCAUGCAGCAUGCACCGCAUUGCUCUCCUCACCUCUACCUGCCGGAUUUGUCCCUCCUGCUCGUCUUGCUGGCUUCAUCUCAAAACUGGUAUCUAUUAUAGCCGCAAAUCCUCAAGCACAGACGAUAGCUCCCCUCCAUACCCUGAUGAUAGGUAUUCGGGGAUCUCCGAGUCUGCUUGAUGAGAUCCCUACAGAGGUGAUGUCUAACAUGCAGACAGAGCUGACCAAGACUUUACGCAAUCUUGACGACCAUAUGGGAAACCUCCUGGGUCUGGCAACGUUUGCAGAGAUUUCUUCAUCACAGCGCAAAUCAGCCAAUGGGAGGGGCAUUCAAUCCUGGCUGAUGAAUGCGCACGAUUUUUUUGGCCCGAGGCGAGGCAUGAAGACGUUGGAUUUAGUUGUGUUGCGAGUGAUCCUUGCAUGCUCCUCAAACUGCAAUAGCCUUACGCCGUCGCAGGCUGCUGAGAGUAUCCGUCUCGCAGUUUGUAUUGCCGAUGCUGUUGAUCCGGAUGUGAAGUCAUCGUGGAUUUCUCAAAACGCAUCCAAAAUUGCCAAGCUUUGUGAAAAGGUUUCCAGGGAUAAUUCGAAGCGAGAGAUUCAAAUAAUGGAAUACGAUGAAUCUGUCACACACGAGCUUCUGCAAUUCAUUGUCGAUACUCUGACUGGCGACGUCAGUGGGAUCACUUCGAUGGUCAACCUCCAAAUAUCGGACCUUCUUCUGUCCGAAUUCAAGUCGGGCCUGUCUCAGCCCAUGGUCAAGUCUGUGCUCGGCUCCGCUUCAACAAAACACGCUGUUGUUGGUCUUUUGGAGAGAUUUCCUGUGGGGCCAGCACGGGAGCAGUGUCAGGACUCGCUAGUCUGCUAUUGUGCCUGCAGUCGAUUGCAGAACCAAAACAUUCUAGAUCUUUUCGAGAUCUUCACUGCAGCAGCCAUAUCACACGGCGGUGACAGUAAUGAUGCAAUGAUCUUGAGAUCUUUCGUGGCACGGACUUCCAAGUCGUUGAGCCAGCCCCGUUGUGCCUUUUCACAAUCUGAUCGCAGUGCCUUCCGAUCAUCGUUCAUUUUGCGCGAUCGAAGAGAUUUCUCGUCAAGGCAGCAUGUUAUUCGAGACUGGCGUGCUGCUAUCACAGAAACCUAUUUACAGGUCGCAGAUAUGUCGCACUCUACCCUUCUCAAAAAGGUUGAGGAAAUAUGUUUUGACCUCGAGCGUCGCUGCUACGACGUCGAGGAGCCUGUUCGAUCAAUCGAGAAGGAGAGAGAUUUCUACAGAAAAGAUGUAGAGCAGCUGAAACAAGAAAACGCAGAAUUGACCAACAAACUAGAGGGUGCGACAGGAGCAAUUGCUGCACUUCAGAAGGAUUUAACAAAACACCAAGAGCUUGCUGGAGCUACAAAUUCACGCGCAGAGGAGCUGGCGAGAGCACUGGAAUUGGCUAGACAAGAACUACACAGCAUACAGAGUCGCUCCAGCACAGCACUGCAGGAGGAGAAAGAAAAGCUUCGGAGUAUCGAACUCGAGUUGAUUGUCACAUCCACUGAAAAGGACGAACUAUUGGAAGAAUUGCAAGAAUCACUGCGCCAACUGGAAUCCGCCAAUGAAAGUCUUGAGCAGACAAGACAAAAUUCAUCGAAGGAAAAGAUGAGCUUCGAGGAAAAGAUCAAACACCUGGAAAAUGAGGCUGUCAACUUUGGGAAUCUGUUGGAAACAAAAACGGCACAGAACAAUCACAAGGAAGGGGAGAUAGAACGUCUGCUGCAGGAGAGCGGGAACCAACAUGCGGAAAUCCACACUCUUCGACUAGCGAUGGAGAACCAAUCUCAAGUGAUUGAGCAACUACGUAAAGCUUUGCAAGAAACGGGAGACAAGGCAAAGGCAGAAUUGGAAGCCUUCAAACGCGAAAGCGUCACUGAGAUCGCAAUACUUCGCUCAGAUGCAGCCCAGCACCAUCAAGAAAUCAGUCGACUCAAGCGAGAGUUGCAGACUGCGGCCAACAAUGCUUCUAACGAGUUACAGACAAAGGAGAAGCGCAUUCGCCAGCUUGAAAGAAAAGUCCAAUCUCUCCGUGAUGAAAGGGCAGCUAAAGCCAGGGAAUUCUCAGAAGCGCAGCAGCACAUCGGCCGCUUGAUGAAUGUUAUGGGCUUCUCUACUAGCUCAAACUCCGAAGGAAAGCCAACAGACUCACUUCAGCGCAGCAGAGCUGGUACUGAGGUCGUCCAUUCUCAGAGCCGGGGAAAGUCAAUUCCGAUCGACGAUGAAGAUGAACAAGAUCUUGCGGAAUCUUUCGAGUCCCUAGCAUCGAACCUUCAGGGUCCCACAUUAGAAGGACUCAGGGGCGGCAGCCCAUCUUCUCGAACGGUGCAAAUUGCAACUACCAAAGCUCCCACGACAGAAAGCAACGCAUUCGCUGCUGUGAAGGAGAAUCGGCAGGCUUUGGUUGAAGCGAACAGAAACAACUCUGUUAAUUUCAACAUGAUUGCCGAGCCGAAGUCAGGUCAACCAGCUGCGACAUCUGAUGAUUUUGAACAUGAGAAUGGGCUACAGCACCUGGACUUGGACAUGGAGCUAGAGUUGCCGAAAGAUUUCUUCUCUGCAAGUACGACUUUCUCUGGGAGCAUCUAG